UGCAUGGUUCCACUUACUAUGUCAUACUUGAAGUUAAGGAACCAUGUCUCAGCUAGUGUAGCAGCCAUAGCCACCAUUGCCACCAUCUCUGACCAAACCCUCCACCAUUUUUCAUAUCCUAAAACUACUGCUCCUCCAUGCUCUCCCAAACCCAAGCAUCCACAGCACUUGCUUUCCCUUCUUCUCAAAGACCCAUCUCAACGCCAAGCUAUUCAACAAGUCCACUCUCAUAUCAUCACCUCUGGGCUCUUUCACUACCCUUUUUACAACACCCACACUUGUUUACUCCUCUUCAACAACAUGAUCCGUUGUUACUCCCUUGGUCCCUUCCCCCAAGAAGCUCUUCAGUUCUGUAGAUACACUCAGCAUUGCAACACUUUCUUGACAUACCCUUCACUUGACACCUUUGCAUUUGCAUUCCUUUUCCACUCUUGUGCUAACUCAAACUGCACCCAUUUUGGGAUUCAGCUUCACGCCCUCGUUUUCAAGGUGGGUUUUCAGUUUCACGUCUACGUGCAAACUGGGUUGCUUCGUUUGUACUCAACUUGGGGUCUCUUAGUCGAAGCAGCUAAGGUGUUCUACGAAAUGCCGCACAGAAAUGUUGUUACUUGGAAUGUUUUCAUUACUGGUUUGAUUAAAUGGGGUGAGGUUGAACUUGCUUGUUCUGUGUUUGAUCAGAUGCCGGCUCGGAGUGUGGUCUCAUGGACUGUUGUUAUUGAUGGAUACACCCGCAUGAAUCAGCCUACGAAGGCAUUGAUUUUGUUUAGGAAAAUGGUUGAAGUUGAUGGUAUAGUACCUACUGAAGUAACUCUUUUGACCAUUUUUCCGGCGAUUGCGAAUCUUGGGUAUAUUAAGAUAUGUCAGUCAGUUCAUGGCUAUGCAGAGAAGAGAGGGUUCAAUGCCUUUGAUAUACGCAUUACAAAUGCACUUAUACAUUUGUAUGCAAAGUGUGGAUGCAUAGUGAGUGCAAUUAGAUUCUUCCAGGAGAUACCUGACCAGAGGAAGAAUUUGGUGUCGUGGAAUUCAGCUAUCUCCGGUUUUGCAAUGAAUGGGAUGGGGAGGGAAGCUGUAGAGAAUUUUGAAAAGAUGGAGAAGGCUGGGAUAAGGCCAAAUCGAGUGGCAUUCCUCAGUGUUUUAAGUGCCUGUAGUCAUGGAGGAUUGGUGGAGGAGGGGCUCAAGUUUUUCACUAAAAUGGUGAAAGAUUAUCAGCUUGUGCCAGAUAUCAAGCACUAUGGUUGUAUGAUAGAUGUGCUCGCGAGGGCCGGGAGGUUAGAAGAAGCGGAAAAGGUUGCUUUACAGGUGCCUCAUGAGGUUGCCAAUGCUGUGAUGUGGAGGGCGCUUCUAGGCGCUUGUAGUAUUCAUAAUAAUGUUGAAAUUGGCCAGAGAGUGACCCGGAAAAUACAGGAGUUGGAGAGAGGACAUGGUGGGGAUUAUGUUCUUAUGUCCAAUAUUCUUGUUGGUGUUGGGAGAUUUAAUGAUGCUGAGAGGUUAAGGGAAAUGAUAGAUAAGAGAAUUUCCUUUAAACUUCCUGGCUACAGUUUAAUAUAAAUUAUAUACAGGUAAUACAUCAGACACAGAUAGAUUAUUGUUCUGCCUUUCUUGCUUUGGUGGAGGCGGUAGUGAACCCAUGAAAAUGGGAGAAGAAAUUGUUCAUAGACAGGGCCACUCACUACUAGGCCAAAGGCCUAUUGGCUGGUCAUUGCUCUUUGCUUCAGAUUUCUGAACUAGCUCAGGUCAUGAUAUUGCGUUUUGAGUGAUGGCAUUAGAAAUAUUAAUGGGAAGGCAUCUGCAAGAUCAAAUCUCAUCUUUAUCAAACUCAUCUACUCAAAAUUUGUUGGUGAAGGAUCUCUUAGAUGUCACGUCUGCCUUUUCUUUCUCUUCAAACGACGCUCAAGGCAUAGAUAGUGCUUGUGGUAAUGUAAUUAUGUAAGUAAUAUCAUGGACAUUGUUUUGGAACAUAGGAGAUGUCUAUGCCUUGUUGAUAG